AUGACGGAUGGAGAGAAGAUCAAACUCGAGCCUAUGGACGCCUACGACAAACCCAACCACAAAGCUUCUAUCAAAAAAAUCGUGGACAUUUUGGGCGACACCAACAGUGAGAAAGUGUGGAGCAACUUGCACCCUUUUCUGACGGGGAUUGUACUGUCCAAAAUCAAUCUCCCGGCGUUCUUUUACGAAAAGAUUGCGCGAAAGGCGGCGGAACAAGGCAAAGAUCGUAUUAUCAUGAAUUGCGCCGAACGAUCCAAAGAGACGGGCUUCACAUUACGUAAACGGGGAGUGGCAAAGGAACUAAUGCUGGCUUGCCACCAUCGUGCCGCGCUGGCAGAUUUCAAAGGCACGGAACUGGAGACGGCCGCUCGGCGAGCUGAGCAAGUCUCGCGGAUUCUAGAGAACGAAUUACAUGGCGGCGAAAAGCUCAAGGAGAUCGAAGUCGAUGCUAGAACAGAUCCGCUCGUGGCGAGUGUGUUGACAGAGCUGGCUGCGGCGAGAGCCGUCCAUGCCCUAAAUGGGGAGGACGAAGAUGGAAAAGUCGCCAACUGCGCAACAAAGAUGCUUCACCUCGAAGCGGAAAAUCAGGGAAAAUCCGAGUCCGACAGAGUCGAUGCAGCGCCUAAGGAGAUUGACACGGAGGCUAAGAAGAUUGGACAGAAGAGUCUCGUGGUGAAUUCCGAACUGGUAUCCUUAUUACCCAUGCAGAACGCAAUGAGACUGGCGUUGCAGAUUGGCUCUAUCCAAAAGUCACCGCUGGGAGAGGACUUGAGGAAUCGGCUCAAAGAGGUGAAUGGAAUGGUCGAGAGCAGAGUCAAGGUACUCCGUGAAUUGGCUAAUGGCAAGCCUAGACGAGGCUUAUUGAUGUAUGACCAGAUUCAUAAAACAAAGCUGAAUCCUGUGACCGAGGUGCCCGCUCAUAGGGACGAGGCGGAGGAAGAGGUGAAUCGACUCGAGGGCGUGCAGGAAAAGGCAUAA